AUGUCGGACGCUGAUGAGGAAACAGUUGUCGAUACCACCACGACGGACGUCCACGAAGAAUCCACUUUCGUUAUGAAUCCACUAGCGACUGCCGCUGGCAGUGGGCGCGGUUUUGAGGAGUACGACGGUAUCCAAUCAAGUGAGAUGGAAGAAGCGAGGAUGGAAUUUGGGCAGCCUAUUUACUCCGAUGAGCAACCCAACUUCCGCAUUCCCCUCACUCUGGCCCUCACACCCAUCACUGAGGUCUCCGAAUUCUCCGUUCACUCCUCAUUUGCGGAUCCAGAGACCGCGGCAACCGUGCAUUCGGGUUCCAGCACUAGCGCUUAUCCCUCAGCCACUCGAGCUGACGACAUUGUCUCCAGUGGGUGUAGUCCGGCAGCUUCUGGCCCUGCUGCUAUCCCACCCCUGCCUCCGGGCCUCCAAAGCAUCCAAAUCCCUCUGCUCCCUUCCCCACUUCCAUCGCAGCAGUCAGCCCUGCCUGUUGGCUCAGUCUCCAGUAAGUCCUCUUCGCUUAAUGAGUUCCUGCGCCUGGAGGAGGCGGCUUCUGCCAGCAGCAGCACCAGCAACCUGAUCGCCACAGAGGAACGCCAACUGCUCGAGGGUCAACGGGAUCUCAGUCUGGACGAGGUGGCUUUCGGCAUGGAGGAUUACAGUUCAUCGUUGGUUACGAGCAGCUCCAUUGAUCCCCUCAGUCUGGCACUGCUGCAUUCUGACGAGGUGGCCUCUGAACUUGCCUGCUCAAUCCCCUCCUUGUCGACUGCACCGCCCUCUUCGAUUCCAGACCAGCGGAAGAACUUGUAG